AUGCUUUGCUUCCGGUGCAGGGCCAUGCCCUCCGCCCUGAGGACGUACUCCUCCCCGAUGUCCAUGUCGAGUACCCUCUCCUCACCACUCCGCCCCAUGACCAACUUCACCACCACCAUCCGUCCCCAACUCCAGACCCUAAGCAACACACAACUUCCCUCCGCAGCCACGCCCUCCGCCCAACAGACCCGCUCUUUCACCGCCAGUGCUUCCCUGGCCGGUAAGCGCGCGACCUACAAUCCCUCGCGACGGGUGCAGAAACGGCGUCACGGAUUCUUGGCCCGGGUGCGGUCGCGUGGAGGACGGAUGAUCAUUUUGCGGAGGAGGGCGAAGGGCCGCAAGUCGUUGAGUUGGUAG